AUGGAAGAAAAGGCAUUGCAAACACAUAUCACAAUAUUGUUCUACCUGCUCGUCCUUUUUUAUUUGAAGAACUUUACCUUUAGCUUUAUGGACAUGCCAAGGAAGCUGUAUAAAUACAUAAAAUUUUAUUACUCCUUUUUGAUAAUCCUUACAAUUGUUGGCUUCUUUAGCAGAUUGAUUGCACUGAUUCGAUUGUUUAUAAUUCAACAAGUGCACAGAAUUAUAAAUGGUAUUUUUUUAAAAAAUAAAACUAGCAAUAUAAAAUGUAUUAAAAGAGGGGAAAGACAUAGAAAAAUUACAAGAAGUGCUACACGACCACCAUGGCAUGAUCUCUUAAUUGGAGACAUCUGUGAGAGGAAUACUUAUCAUGACAUUGUUGAAAUGCCAUAUGGGAUAAGUAGUGAUAUCUCGGUUAAUAGUGACGGUGCAGUUAACAGUGAUUGUGCCUUAAGUAGCGACGGCGCAGUUAGCAGUGAUGGUGCCUUAAGUAGCGACGGUGCAGUUAGCAGUGAUGGUGCCUUAAGUAGCGACGGUGCAGUUAGCAGUGAUAGUGGAGUUUGCAGUGACGGGGUAGCUAGCCGUGUGAUGAGAUGCGAAAGCGCUAGAAGUGACUUUCGAAGCAGAAGCAGCAGGUGCUUGAGGAAAAUUUUCAGAUUCAUCCGAAUAAUUCGCAGUAAAAAGAGAAAAAAGGUAGACUCAGAUUGGAACGCAAACUUAAAAAGUGGUGAAUCCACUCAGGCAGACGGUGACACUGAGAAAAAAAUCAAAUUUGAAGUGAAUUGCAAGAAGUUGGGUGUGGAGAGUCUAGCGUGGGAUCCUAAAACUGUUGCUUCAACUGCUGCUUCGGUUACUUCAACUACCUCUUCAGCUACUGCCUCUAAUACUAACGGGUCCCGUUUUAACCGUGUAAAUGGAAGUGUGCGCGAGAAAAGUACUAGCAGAAAGGAACACAAUUCUUUUGAAGGAUCGUCAUCAAGUACUUCUGAUAAUGUCACAACUGGUGAAGGUAUGAUGAAGCAUAUAAACAACUACAAGAAUAAUAACAAUAAAGAGAUAGAAGGAAAAGGAGAAGAAGACUCAGAUAUGUGCUUACAGAACUAUUUAAAAAAACAGAAAUCUUUUAGAUUAUAUGCUUUACUUACAGAUAUAAUUUCCAAUACAAAGAAUUACUCAAUAACUGAUGAUACAUCUGAGAUAGAUGUGCAAAAAAAAGCACAUAAAUAUGAUCAUUUUAAACAGGAUUUGAACUAUUCCCAUGAAAAUAUUCAUCACAAUGUAAGUAUGGGAAUUAAUAAUUCUACCUGUGCACUGUCAGAAAAAAUUAAACCAAAAUCUAUAUUAAAAAAAAGUACGCUCAUCUCGAAAGGAGAUACAGAAAAAAGAAAAAGCGAUAAACGUUUGCGCUUCAAUUCUGUGGUGGAAACAUAUUAUGUUGAAAAAUAUAGUGAUGAGGAUUUGGAUGCACACAGUAUACAAGUGCUAGAUGACAAGAGGUCCGAUCUGUACAAAGUGCUGGAAGAGUAUAGUAUUACAAAUUCUGACAUUUUUAGUUACUAUAAUAUGCGAUACAAUUUGAAUGAAGUUUUCAAUGAUAUUAUUAACUCAGUGUGUGAUUAUAAGAACAAAAUUGUAAAGAAAUUUUAA